AUGUCACUCUCCAGCCUACACAAAUUCAAGCUUUUCGCGGCAAGUCGUAGCUUCAAAGCAUCCGCCGCCAGCAGUAACCCCUCAAUGAGUCCGACGAAGAGCCCUGUAUUUGAUCUCCGGCGACGCAAAACCCUGCGUACGUUGUUCGAGAAGAGCUCCGACAGUCGCAGACGGAAUUUACGUCAGAUCCUUGAAGAAUCUCCGGAAUCGGAUGGAAAUUCCGGGAAAAAGAAGAGGGGAAACCACCGUGGCAGGCGUCAAUUGAAAGAGCUCUUGGUAACAUCGCCGUCUCCGCCGUUCAAAGGUAUAGAAGAGAUAGACAGCGGUGGAGAAGUGAGGAGCGGGAUUCCGCCGGUAACCGUCGACUCCGUUACUUCUAACGGUGACGGCAGAGAGUUAACGGGUCGGCGAUUUGGUUCCACCGGUUCGGUUCAAUCAUUUCGGUUAAGAAUUGUUAGAAAACAUUGGCGACCAGUGCUUGUUUCUAUUCCUGAACAAUAA